AUGGGAAUUGAGGAACAGAAUGGUGGGGAGGAGAUGCCAUGGGGGGACAGUACCUCUUUUGUGGAGCUUACCACUGAUGCAGAUGCUGAUCAGAAAACUCUUGUAUUAGUUGCAGAGAGAACAAAGAGAAAAGACCCUCUCAAUCACUUCAAACAAUACACAGGAGGAUGGAAUAUCAGUAACACGCAUUACUGGGCUUCUGUUGGUUUUACUGCUUUCCCCAUGUUUCUCAUCGCCGGUAUCUGGUACAUGGUAUUUGGGGUGUUCUUAUUGGUCAUCUGCUUCUGCUAUUGCUGUUGUCCAAGGCCCCUUCAUGGUUAUUCUCGAGCCUGUUACGCUAUCACUCUUGUUUUCCUAGUAAUCAUCACCAUUGCAGCAAUGCUUGGAGGUGCUGCUUUAUAUACUAGCCAGUUUGAGUUCAACCGUACCAUAGGAAGAACAUUAGCACAUGUUGUCCACCAGGCAGAAAGCGCAACCGAAACCCUCCGGAAUGUAUCUAAUUAUUUUGAUGCAGCUAAGCAAAUUCGAGUAGAAAAUCAGUUACUGCCUCCAGGCGUCCAAAACUCCAUCACCCAGCUCCAAAAGCAGAUCAAUGAUACAGCUAACCAGCUUGCCACAAAAACAGCAGAUAAUUUGGACGGCAUACGACACGUCGUGAACGCUGUGCGACUCACAGUCAUAAUAGUCACUGCGGCGAUGCUUGCUUUGUCCCUCCUUGGAUUCGGUAAGCCCACUGAGCCGCACAUAUUUUACAGUGUUUUCAAUUUCUGGCGUGCAGUGUCUUGUGUUCAUGUGAGUAAGAGAUCGAUGUCGGAGAACUCUUUCCCUCAUUCAUCCAUUCUGAUCACCUUGAUUCUCACUACAAAUGUGUAUGUUUUUGUUCUAAUGGGAAGGUUUUAUAAUUGCAGCUUUGUGAUCCUUGGAUGGAUUCUUGUUGCGGGAACAUUCAUUUUAGCUGGCAUAUUUCUUCUUUUCCAUAAUGUGGCUGGAGAUACUUGUCUUGCAAUGGACGAAUGGGUCCAGAACCCCACUGCUCAUACAGCUUUGGAUGAUAUACUUCCCUGUGUCGAUGCCGAAACCGCUCAAGAUUCACUGUCAAAAGCCAAGGACGUCACUUAUCAGGUUCUCAGCAUCGUCAACCUCGCCGUUGACGUAUCAAACGCUGAUCCUGGUGCCGGUCCUUUGGUUCCACUCCUCUGCAACCCCUUCUUUGCUUCUGUGGGUCAAGCAUGCCCUCCCGACGCAGUCGACUUGAAAGACGCAACACAGGUAUGGAAGAAGUACGUAUGUGAGGAUUCGAAAAAUGAUGAGUGUGUGUCGAAAGGCCGUCUCUCCCCUUCCUUGUACAGUGCUAUGACAGUGGCGGUGAAUGUGAGCUAUGGGUUUUAUUAUUACAGUCCCUUUCUGGUUGAUUUAGCGGACUGUGAUUUUGUGAGGCAAAGCUUCGUUACCAUAUCCAAGGAUCAUUGUCCAGGUCUGCAGUCACAGAGUAAAUGGAUGUACAUUGGAUUGGCAGUGGUUUCUGCUGCAGUGAUGAUCUCUUCAAUAUUCUGGAUAGCUCAUGGGAGAGAGCAGAAACACCGGUAUUAUACCAAGCUGGAACUGUCCAAUUCAUUUUGA